AAGUUUUCACCAUCUUAAAAAAAAAAAAAAAAAGUUUCCCAGACGGGUGGAAGAAAAACUUAAUAAAUAUUGAUGUGAUAAAAUGUCAUCAUGCUGAGAAACGUAAGUGCAUUGAUAAAUUUUUCGAGCUUUGUUUGGAUUGUACAAAUAUGGUGUGAGAAUCAACGCGUGUCACAAAAUGGAUAAAAGUAAACGGAAAUAGGAAAAGUUACAGAAAAAAACUGUCGAAACAUCAACAGCUCAGGUUAAUGUAUACAUAUUGAACACGCGUGCAGUGCUACCACAUCUGAACCACGACCCGCCACCACGGCCCGAAGACAUUGGUGCAAAUAAUAAUAAUUCACUCGACACCCUGUCAGCGAGCCAAAUAACCCCACAUCGCACGACCCCAGAAUUUAGUAGUAAAUUUUGAAAAAACAGCGAAAUGUGAAAACGGUGACACUGAAAAAAGAUCUGGAAAUUUGAUGUGGAAGAGAUUGCGAAAAUAAAAGCUUUGUGUCAUAGGCUUGCAGGUGACCUUUACCUAUGUUCCCCUGAAACGAGACAUGACGAGAGCCUGAGACGUUGUCGUCAUGGCUAGCAGCACGGAGGAUUACGGCUCCGAGUUACAGGAACUGCAGUGGGGCGGUGGAAGCGGAUCCAACUUCCUCAGGAGCGGGUCCCACUUCCUCAAAACAGGAUGCUACGAGGCGGAGGACCUCGAAUCGACGAGGCAUCACGCCGGCCAAAACAGGGGCUACUACAGCCCACCGGGUACCAGUUACACGAUAGUCGAAAGGCCCCCGAGUGCCCCUCACCACCAUUCAACCCACACGACACCUUACCGGAAACGAGGACAUGGGGUAGGCGGAAGCGGAGCGAUCUCCCCGGAGCAAGUGCUCAGGCUCUUCGGCAACGGUGUCAACGAGAAGCGGCAGACGGACAGACGGACGCCGGCUUCGAGUCCCGCCAGCGUUGCGGCGCUACGGAAUUCCGCAAGCCAAUCUGGACAGCAAAACCUUCAAACCUCCCCUCCGCCGCAGCCCCCAAGCCUCCAGGAACUCACUGUCAGGACCAUCACCAUGGCCAGAGAUCCUCCUGACUCGCAUCAUGGCUUUGGGAUCUGCGUGAAGGGAGGUAAAGACGCUGAAGUGCAGUCAGGUGUUGGUGUAUAUAUUUCACGUGUCGAGGAGGGUUCAGUUGCCGAACGAGCUGGACUCCGUCCCGGCGAUACGAUUCUCGAAGUGAACGGUAUCCCAUUCCGUGCAGUGACCCACGAAGAGGCUCUCAAGAUGCUCAAAUCCUGCCGGACGCUUAGCAUGACAGUUCGCGGGCCCGCAUUGGACCCUCGAUGUCGAGGAAGUCAUCCCGGGUGGUCGGCUUCCGGUCGGCAGCAAUCCUGCAGCUGGAUGGACCGCCAGGGUCGUCCGGCUUCCCCUCCGCCUUUGCACAGCCGAGAUGGCCGCUACGCGGCCCAUAGAACGCGGAAAGUCGAGCUCUGCAUCGAACCUGGACAGUCCUUGGGACUCAUGAUUAGGGGGGGCCUAGAGUAUGGUCUAGGAAUCUACGUUACCGGCGUGGAUAAAGAUAGCGUCGCGGAUCGGGCAGGACUUCUGAUUGGGGACCAAAUCAUCGAAGUCAAUGGUCAGAGUUUUGAGGAGGCGACUCACGACGAGGCUGUCCAGAUACUGAAGACCAAUAAACGCAUGAGUCUGGUCAUCAGGGACGUGGGAAAGGUUCCUCACUCCUGCACAACUAGUCAACCCGUCGUCGUUCCUCCGUCUCGGUACCAGGAGCACGAUCCUCUUCUACUGGACAGUCCGGCCAUCCAUGGAAAUCAUCGGCCGCCCAGUCCGGGAACCGGUAGUGCCGAGUGGAGGAAUCGCGCUCUUCAUUCAGCGACUGCCGCCAUGGUAGAAGAGAAGGCCAGGGUAGUCCUUGCAAGGAGUGAAAGAGCUGCACUGUCGCAGCUCCUUGGCGACUACAGGAGUCGCCGGUUGACCAUCGAGGACCUCGUUGCUAGUCUGGGCGACCUUUUGAACACCCAUGAAAAGCUCACGCUUCUUACCGAGCUCAGAGAACUCGUUGACGGAAAGGAUCGAGCUGCCUUUGAUGACCUCGUUUACAGACCAAGGACCAACGUGACACUCGGCAGGAGGAAAGGUGAUAGGACGCAUUCUGAUCUCGUUGUGACGCCGUCGAUUCACGAUCUUCCGAGAGGCGGCGGUGGUGGCGUUGGCGGGAACGCCACCGGAAGUUGUUGUCGACCUGCGAGGCUCGUGGACGUCGAAGGAGAUCCCCUAGGAGUUACGGGACCCCUUAUACCGAGGGAGGGCCAGGGGGAGUAUAGGUCACCGAGCGAGGACAGCGGCCUCGGAGCAGACAUGCCCAGGAGCAGAGCUGGCUGCAGACGAAGCCAACAGCACCAAGUCGCAACCUCAGACCUCGCCCUCUCCAACGAUGACGAGUGCGACAAUCAGGACUACGAGGAUGAGGCUGAAAAUGAUCGAGGACGAAGGCACAGCUCACCUGGAGGUUCCCGAGGGAACACCAGGGACUUUGGACACCAUCAUUUGCACGCUGAUAAUUUGGAGAGCGAUGGCGGUUGCGAGGGUAGCGACUCCGAGAUGAUGGGAAAUGGGAGACGCGGCGAGAGGGAUCGCGAAGAGGAUGAUGAGGACGAAGAGGGCAGGGAGGAGAGGAGCUCGGAGAGUGGCGGUGGGGGUUUCGGUGGGUGGAGGAAUCACCUUCUCGGUGGCCUUACGCAGCGCGUCAAGUCCUGGUACUGGGGCGCCAGGCCCCUAUUAACACCUUUGCAGGAACUCGCGCACAAACUAUCUCGCAGCUUCGAUAUGCAGGAGGCACAGUUGCUGGAGGAAGUCGGAUCCGGAAGCGGGACAAACGGCAGCGCGGGGUCCGGGCGUCCCCCAAGGCGUCAUCACAGCGCCCAGCGGCUUGCUCGAGGUGACAUGGCCGCCGGAAGAGAAGACGAUGGCGCCCUCGUCGUGCCCGACCACCAGGGGAACCUUCGCAUCACCGUCAGGAAGACAAAAUCGAUCCUCGGAAUCGCUAUCGAGGGUGGCGCCAACACAAAACAUCCCUUACCCCGAAUCAUCAACAUUCAUGAUAACGGGGCAGCUUUUGAAGCUGGAGGACUUGAAGUUGGCCAAUUGAUCCUUGAAGUGGACGGACACAAAGUACAAGGGCUUCACCACCAAGAGGUGGCACGACUGAUAGCAGAUUCGUUUGCAAGAAGAGACCGCAACGAGAUCGAGUUCCUUGUCGUCGAGGCGAAGAAGAGCAAUCUCGAACCGAAACCAACAGCGUUAAUAUUCCUGGAAGCGUAGCAAGAGUCCCCCACCUCUGAGCCAGAACCUUCCUAGCUCUAAAUAUUGAAGGACGAGUGAUUAAUGCGUCCAGAAAUCUCCUGGGUGAUGAAAUUUCGAAAAAAAAUAAUUUGGACAGAAGAAAAAAGGAUUUAAAGAAACAAUAAAAAAACAAAUCGAAAAUC